GACCACCACUCCCACCAAAACCACUGCGACGUCUACUACUGCCACCCCCACCCCAACCACCAUCAAAACGUCUACCACUGCCACCCCCACCCCAACCACUACGACAACCACUACUAUUGCCACCACAACAACCACAACAAUGACUACUACUAUCACUCCCACUCCAACCCCUACGACGACUACUACUGCCACCCCCACCCCAACCACUACGAUAAAGACCACUACUGCUACCCCAACCCCAACCACUACGGCAACAACUACUAUCACUACCACCCAGAGUACUACCACUGCAACAACAACUUCUACAAGCACCGAGACAGACCGGGUAGCAUUAUUGCAGACUUUGUUGUACGGACUACAACAAUUGACGCAACACAACUUACUGAGGCAAAUGAAAAGCUCAAAGAAGCUAUGACCCCAAUUGGCAAAGUCAUUGGCUCAAUCGUAACAGAGUACAGAAGAAAAUAUGAAUGCACUCUGAAAGGUGCAGAUUUUUCUUUCUACCAGGAACACAUUGUGACAAGAGAAAACAUCAAAUCAGCUCCUGUUGUGCGAGUUCAGGAUGAAAAUGUCCUGGACACUGUUGAUGUCAUCAUUGGCGACGAUUCAAAAGAGUCCUGGGAUUUUCUCAAUGCAAAUGCAACAAAAAAUGCCAGUUCAGUAUUAUUGCGUUCACUGGAACAACUGUCUGAUAGACUGUCCAAUGGGACUUUUAAUUUUACCUCUACAUCUCAACGAAUCCAGCUAAGCAGAUCUGAGUUCAACAACUCUUUUUCAGAAAAUCUGAAUUCCAGUGUUUCCAUAAAAAUUCCAGACACGGGUCUCAAGCGUGUCUUCAUCACCACCAUCAUUCUUUCUACUCUAAACAACGUUAUGCCAACAAGGACCUCUACAUUCGAUGUCAACCUUCUAAAUUCUACCAGCAAUCAAAAUGACUCUGGUAAUGCCAUCAAUGCUGCAGUAGCUAUUGUCAGAUUAAGUCAAACUAUUAACAAUAUCAGCUUGACAUACACCACACUGAAUAGCAAUCUGAAAAAGGACAGACAGUGCGUCUUUUGGAAUUUUACCCUCCUGGAUGAACUGGGGGCUUGGGAUGACGAGGGCUGCAAAGUUGUUUCCCACACGCCGCAAAAGGUAACCUGCAACUGCAACCACCUGACGUCCUUCUCACUCCUAAUGUCAACGGAGAUACCCGACACGAUCAAAGACCUCUUGGAUAUUAUCACUUAUGUUGGCGUCGGAAUAUCCCUGGCAAGUUUAGUUAUAUGUCUCGCUAUUGAAGGAUACGUGUGGAAGGAAAUAACCAGGAAUAGUACGGCCCUGCUGCGCCACGUUUCCAUCGUCAACACUGCUCUGUGUCUGUUGAUCGCCGACAUCUGCUUCAUCAUUGCCGCCUUCGUUGCGAAGAACCCAGCCGAAAACCCAGGAAGCAACUACGAAGUUCCCGUCGGACAAUGCAGCGCGGCAACGUUUUUCAUGCACUUUUCCUACCUAGCCGUUUUCUUUUGGAUGCUGGCGUCGGGCCUUCUGCUGUUUUACCGAACAGUCAUGGUCUUCUCCCAGAUGUCCACGUCCACCAUGUUAGCCAUAGGCUUCACUUUGGGCUACGGUUGCCCACUGAUCAUCGCUGUCAUUACCGUUAUCGUCACGGCAAUUGAACAAAAUUAUAUCAGGAAAGAUUAUGCUUGCUGGCUAAACUGGGAGGAGUCAAAAGCCCUUCUGGCCAUGGUGAUACCUGCCUUAGCCAUAAUUUUCAUCAAUAUUAUGAUCAUAAUUGUGGUCUUGUUCAAAAUGCUUAGAAGAGGCAUUGGAGACAGUGCCCAGCCAGAUGAAAAACAUACACUGGUAGUCAUCAUAAGAUGUGUGGCCAUCUUGACUCCCUUAUUUGGAUUAACCUGGUCACUGGGAAUUGGAACCAUGAUAUCGCCAACAAAUACAGGCAUCCACAUCGCCUUUGCAUUCUUCAACUCACUACAGGGUUUCUUCAUUUUGGUGUUUGGGACACUGUUUGAUUCAAAGAUGCCUACCAUGUUUCACAGACUGCAACAUCAAAUAGCAACAGUGACUCUGUGGAGUCAUAUCACAGUAAUGCAUGAGACUCCUAAAGCAUAGACUUAGUGUCAUUAUGUGAUAUAUUCAUAUAAAUAAAUGAUCAAAUACAACUAAAUUAUUGGAGGUGCAAUGAUAAUAACUGGUGUAAAAGGAGUGUUGUAAAAGAUUGUUGUGAAUUAUUGUUUAAAGUCUCUUUUUCAGUCACUUUUUGCUUUCCUUGAUCUCUAAGGAACUUAAUAAUUAGCCUUUAAUGAGGCUAAUGUGCAGUAUUCUCCAGCCUAACUUCAAUUAACAAAGUUAUGUUCCAGAAAUAUCUACAACAUGUAAAACGUUAUCGCCAAAAUUAUGUCAGUUAAUUAAUUGUCAUUAUUUGCUUGUUAAUUGCUUUUGAUUAUAUUUAUUUUAUUAGUGCUCAUGAUCAGUAUGUAAUCUAAAUCCAUUUUUUUUUUUUUUUGUAUUUAAUGCAGCCUUCUCAAUUUUUUUAAAUAACUUAAAACAUUUGUAUUUUAAUAACUAACAAAUAUAUUUUGAUAUUUUAAUUGUGUAUUUAUUUUAAUUCUAUUUAAAGUAAUCAUGUGUGUCUGUAUGUGUAUGGAUGUAUGAUUCAUACAUAAGUUAAGUGAUAUUUUACUCAUGUGCACAAUGAUCUCCUACAGAUAAGAUUAGAUCUUCUCAAAUGGCUCAGUUUUUCAUUAAACUGCAGAAUUAUACACUCCACUUUAACAAUAAUUGUCUAAUUGUCAAUUCUAGCUGUGAUUUCACUUAAGCAUUUUGGAGAUAAGAGGAAGAUUGGGGUAGCUUUUUUCCCCCAGCCAGGGUCAACUUAAAUCGCUCUACUCAACUUUAAGAAAAUAGGGCCAGACAGUUUUUCCAGAAAGGAGGGUAACUGACGUAGGUAUUUAUGCGAAACAAAUGGAGAUAAACAGAUAAGGGGGAACAUUGAAAUACUACAAGUUUGUCCAGUUCUUACUUUCUGAAAGUGUAUUUGUAUUCAAGAAAUGUUGCCAAUCUACUAAAACAACACCCCGACCCAACCAACUGAUUAUGACACAGGUGGAUUUCUGCUUUGCUUUCCUCUCUAAUAAACCUAAAGUAUAUACAUGUUGGUCAUCUGAUUUUUAUUUACAUGCAGAAUUGUCUUGUGUUUUUUCGUGCCUAGCUUUACCGCAUUGACCUGUUCUGCCUACCUGUUCUGAUCGCGCUUUUGCCCUUCUCUGACCUCGGAUUCCCGCCUGCCUCUUAUGGGAUUUGUUUGCCUGUAUUAUUGAUAUUCUGGUUUUGACCCUGCCUGUUUUUGACCAAGUAAACGGAAUGUCCCUCUAAACUUGCCUGCCUCGCUGUCGUGCGUUUGGGUUCUCUGUUGCCAUGACCAGUGGUCGUGACAACGUGUUUACUGAAUGGAGGACAUUACCUCGGGAAAAUUAACUAAACAGCUGUUUAUUAAUUUCGGGAAUGAAUUUAGUUGUCAGAACGCUGG